AAUACGGGAAGAGCUGGCGAACCUAUUUUCCUCGUGGCCAAUCAGAACGCAGACGGCUCUGUAUGUCUGGGAUAGCCCUGUAAGCGAAAGGUCGCGAUAUCCGUGACGUGCGGUGCUGACCGAAAAUAUAAAUAAAAAUGGUCUGUUCUUAAAUGAAAAAAAGACAAAUGUCAUACUAUUUGGUUCGGAGAAAAUUAUGCAAAAUACUACUUCAAAUUUCUCUCUUGUUGCUUGUAAUAACACAGCAUUGGAGAGAGCCGACACUUUUAAAUAUCUAGGGGUUUAUAUUGACACAACUCUUCAAUUUGAUAAACCCAUUAAAGAUGUAUGUAGUAAAAUUGGAAGGAAGCUUGGAGGAUUGUGUGGUCAGCGCCACUGUGUAAGCUUUACAGCAAGGUUUAAAUGAGUUACUUGUGUUUCCUAUUCUAGACUAUAAUGAUGUGAUGUGCGGGUCUGCUAGUGAGGAAUCGCUGAAGAAGAUCGAUACAAUGUGUAACAGGAUGUGUAUCUGUGUGCUCCCGUGUACUCCGCUAGCGCAUCACUGCAGCGCGUAUUCUACAUUAAACUUGCGAUCGCCUGCUAACACAAGGAAUUAUCACUGGAAUCGGAUUCUCUUUAAAGGGGCACACAACACAUUACCAGUUUAUUUAAACAGCUUGUUUCUGAGUUUACCUGUAAAUACAGCCUAUCGUAAUGUCUGAGACACACAAUACUUUAAUAUACCGUCUGGAAAAAGUGCUGCGGGAAGAAAGUCUUUCGUUUUGUUCUGCUGCUACAGACUGGAAGCUGUUACCCGCAGGACUGAGACCUGACAUCUCCUGUGGGAAUUAAAAAAACAAACCCUGUUGUUCUAGUGCUUAAACAGGCUUGUGUGUGUGCUGUGUAAAUCUGAGGUGUACUUUGUGUAUUGUCUUGUCAUUAUGCGUUUAUAUUAUUUUUAUUUUUGAAACCUGUAACCUGCUGCUGUUAUUUCCAGCACGCCUUUGUAAACGAGCUACUUGUAGCUCACAUGGCCUUCCUAAAUAAAGAAUUAAAAAUCAAAUAAAUAAAUAAUAAAGAGCGCGUCACGUUUCCGGUUAUAACCGCACUGAAAUAUACUGGCUUUAAAACAAGAAAAGACAACCGAUGUAGCUGCGCAGCAGAGACAAGAGAACGAGGCAAGCGCGUUUAUUGUUUGGAAAGUAACUGUAAUGUUAUUACUGCCAUUAAAAGCUAAACGCGUUAUAUUACCUCGUUAUUGACUAAAGUAAUAUUAUUACAGUAAGGCGUUACUAAAGUAACGAGAUGCCGUUCAAACCGUCAUCACAAACAUACGUGUAACAGAACAUUCCUUAAUUUUACAUGUUAUAGAUCUGGGGCUAAAACACAAAGUCAGACUCUUCAGCCCUAAUAUUAAACAGUUGUUAAUAUCAGUUGUUUAAUUCCUAAUCUUAACAUUGUAAUAUUUGUUGGGGGAUUUAGAAACAGUUUCAUAGAAUAUCUGAUUCGGCAGUUUCUGCUCCCCCUGCUUGUCUAAACCUGGCCUCAGUCCCAAACCCCGCCUCUCAGAGCUUUACACAACUCCAGGAAAUCAGCGCAGUGAAGUUUCUGUUGUGAAAUCGUCAGUCUCUCUGUCUCACUGCAGCAGAAAUGGCAGAAGCGAAUAUUCUGGUAGCGCAUGACCAGUUUAGCUGUUCAGUGUGUCUGGAGCUAUUGAAGGACCCAGUCGCUAUUCCAUGUGGACACAGUUACUGUAUGGGGUGUAUUAAGAACUGCUGGGAUCAGACUGAUCAUACAGGUCUCUACAGCUGCCCCCAGUGCAGAGAGGCCUUUACCCCAAGGCCUGUUCUGGGCAGAAACACCAUGCUGGCUGAAGUUGUGGAGAAAUUAAAGAAGACAGGACUCAAUCCUCCUCCUGCUCAAAGUUAUGCUGGACCUGGAGAUGUGCCGUGUGAUUUCUGCACUGGGAGAAAGUUCAAAGCUGUGAAAUCCUGUUUGACGUGCCUGGCCUCUUACUGUGAAACACACGUCAAGCCUCACUAUGAGGGGGCUGCUUUCAAGAGGCACAAGCUGAUCAAUGCAAUUGGAAAUCUGGAGCAGAAGCUUUGUGCUGAACACCAGAAGGUUUUGGAUAUCUUCUGCAGAACCGAUCAGACUUGUGUUUGUGUGUUGUGUAUUGACAAGGAACACAAGAGCCAUGACACAGUCUCAGCUGAGAAAGAAAGGAGUGUGAAACAGAAGCAGCUGGGAGAGACACAGACAGAAAUACAACAGAGAAUCCAGGAGAGACUGAAAGAAACUGAUGAGCUGAAACAGGCUGUGGAGACACUGAAAGUGGGUAUUGACAAGAGGGGGGUAUUAUUAUUAUUAUUAUUAUUAUUAUUAACAGAUGGACUGGAACACAUCUACAGAAGUUUACUGUCUAUGCCUGAUGUGUUGUUGAUAUCAAUUCUAACCAUGUCUCCUCUACUGUGUUCUUUCACUCAGAGAUCUGCAUGCAUAGAAAUAAAGGAAAGUGAGAAGAUCUUUACUGAGCUGAUCCGAUCCAUUGAGAAGAUCCACACUGAGGUUAUUGAGCUGAUUGGAGCUAACGAGAAGGCUGCAGUGAAUCAGGCUGAAGGACGCAUGAAGAAACUGGAGCAGGAGAUUGCUGAGCUAAGGAGGAGAAACGCUGAGCUGAAACAGCUUUCAGAGACAGAGGAUCACAUCCAUUUUCUACAGAAUUUCCAGUCUCUCUGUGCCCCUCCUGAAGCUGGAGACUUACCCAGCGUUACUGUCAAUACAGACAUCUCUUUUGGGGCUGUGAGGAAAGCUGUAUCUGAACUUAAAGACCAUAUUGAGGACUUCUGCAAGGGGGAAUUAGUCAAAAUAACCACAACAGUGAAUGAAGUUGCAGUUUACAGUCUGCAGGCUCCAGAGCCAAGGAACAGAGCUGAGUUUUUAAAAUAUUCCUGUCAGCUCACACUGGACCCCAACACAGCGAAUAGAAACCUCUGUCUGUCUGAAGAGAACAGAAAGGUGACAUGGAGGAGAGAGACCCAGAGAUAUCCUGAUGAUCACUCAGAGAGAUUUGAUAGCAAGGCCCAAGUGCUUUGCAGAGAGGGUUUGUCUGGGACUCGCUGUUACUGGGAGAUUGAGUGGAGUGGGGGAGGGGCUUCUAUAGGAGUCACAUAUAAAGGAAUCAGCAGGAAAGGAGAGGAUCUUUCAUGUCUCCUUGGAUGCAAUGACAAGUCCUGGAGUGUGUCCUGCUCUGAUUCCAGUUACACUGCCCGGCACAAUAACAAUCAAACUGCAAUAACUGCCCCCCGCUCCCCCAGAAUAGGAGUGUAUCUGGACUUUAAUGCCGGCACGCUGUCCUUUUAUGGCGUCUCUGACACAAUGACCCUCCUGCACAGAUUCCAAACCACAUUCACUGAGCCGCUCUAUCCUGGGUUUUGGCUUUGGGGUUAUGAUUCCCCUGUAACAAUCUGCCAGCUGAACUAGACUGUUUUGUGUUGUAAGAAACCCUUUGUAUUGAACUCCCUGUCUGUCCUCUCCACUCCUCGGGUGAAGGGAAUGUUCAAUCUGACACAACUUUGGAUGAAAGUUAGGGGGUAAAACGGCGCCACCUGCAGAGCGAAAUGAGGUGAAUUAUUUGUUUUUAGCAACAAAAGGAUUUCAUACGAAAUAACUGUAUUUAAUUAAUUUUUUUAAGAAUUAUGUUUUAUAUAUAUUUUAGAAAAUGGCAUCCAAUAGUCAGUGCUGAAACAGUUUUAAAAAAAGUUAACUUAAGUUUGCUUUAUUGUGUGUGUGUUUUUGUUUUUUGAUUUACAUAAAAUGUUUAAUAUUUCAGAUUUUAGUAAUGUGAUUUAAUAAAAAAAAUUAACGUGA